AUGUCACGAUUCUUUUACCGCGGCGGCGACGACAGCGACUCCAGCUCGGAGGAGGAGGAGGAUGUUUACGAGCGCUCCGAGGAGGAGGACAGCGACGCUGAGUCUAGCGAUGGCUCUUCCGAAUCCGAAUCCGGUUCUGAUUCCGACGACGACAAGGAGAGCACCGGCGGUGAUGCCUUCGACUUCCUGGUUAGCGAUUCCGACAGUGAUAAAGAGGAGGAUGAGGAGAAGGUCACAGUUGUCAAGAGUGCAAAGGACAAGCGCUUGGAGGGUCUCGAGAACACCAUCCGCCUGAUCGAUAAUGCUCAGAAGAUUAACGACUGGGCCGUCAUUUCGACUGAGUUCGACAGCCUGAACCGCCAAAUUGUCAAGGUCCUCCAGUCCGGCCCUGUCCCCAAGCUUUACGUCAAGGCCGUCGCCGACCUCGAGGACUUCGUCAACGAGUCCGUCACCAAACAGAAGGCCUCUAACAAGAAGAUGAACGCUAGCAACCAGAAGGGAUUCAAUGCCGUCAAGCAGCGUAUCAAGAAGAACAACAAGGAAUACGCCACCCAGAUCGACAAGUACCGUGCGGCCAAGGAUGAUUACAUGCAGAGCGAGGAGGAGGAGAAGCCUGCUCCCGCCGCUCCCGCUCCCCGUCCCACCCGCGUUGAACGCAUUCAGAACUUCGCCAACGCUGCUUCCGUUGCCUCCAGCGAUGACGAUGGCUUUGCUACCGUUGGCCGCGGUGGUAAGACUUUGCAGUACACCUCCGAGAGCAUUCUCAAGCAUCUGCGUACCAUUGUCGAGUCUCGCGGAAAGAAGAACACCGACCGCACCGAGCAGAUCCGCACAAUGGAGAAGCUCCUCGAGGUUGCCACCACCCCUUACCAGCGCAUCCGUAUCUACAUGACCCUCAUCUCUACCCGCUUCGACCUUUCCUCAUCCUCUUCCGCCACCUACAUGAGCGCUGAACAAUGGAAGAGUGCCGACCAGGAGUUCGGCACCCUUUUGUCCGUUCUGGAGCAGCACCGAAACUUCGUUGUUAGCGAGGGUGCUGAUGAGUGGGAGGAUGACGAGAAGCAGCCCCAGGUUGCUGAGGGCGAGAUCUUUUACAUUCCCGGCAGCAUGGUUUCAUACAUUGAGCGAUUGGACGAUGAACUCACCCGCUCCCUCCAGCAGAUCGACCCCCACACUGCUGAGUACAUUGAGCGUCUGAGCGAUGAGCAGCAGCUGUACAACAACAUUGUGCGCACUCAGCUCUACAUUGAGGGCCUCAACUCUGGCGAGAAGAACGACUCCCGACAGGACAGCGUCAACCGUGUUAUCAUCCGCCGUCUCGAGCACGUCUACUUCAAGCCCUCUCAGGUCGUCUCCAUUCUGGAGGAUGGUACAUGGAAGGCUCUGCCCGCAGAGCUGGACUCUGCCAUCACCACCCGCGCUGAGGCUGGCGAUGUCUCCGUCCUCAUCCAAACUCUCUGCACUUACCUGUUCCAGAACAGCGACGGUAUCAUCCGUGCCCGUUCUAUGCUGUGCCAGAUCUACUUCCUCGCUCUUCACGACCAGUACUACCGCUCUCGCGACCUGAUGCUCAUGUCGCAUCUGUCUGAGAACAUUGCCAACUUCGACGUCAGCACGCAGAUUCUCUUCAACCGCACUCUCGUCCAGAUCGGCCUGUGCGCUUUCCGUGCUGGUCUCAUCUACGAGGCCCAGAACACCCUCGGUGAUAUCUGCGGUAGCGGCCGUCAAAAGGAGCUGCUCGCCCAGGGUAUCAUCCUUCAGCGUUACUCUACCGUCACUCCCGAGCAGGAGCGUCUGGAGCGCCAGCGCCAGCUGCCCUUCCACCAGCACAUCAACCUGGAGCUGUUGGAGUGUAUCUACCUGACUUCCAGCAUGUUCCUCGAGGUUCCUCUCAUGGCCCAGACCUCCUCCGCCCCCGAGAUCCGCCGUCGCAUGAUCUCCAAGACUUUCCGUCGUAUGCUCGACUACAACGAGCGCCAGGUAUUCACCGGACCCCCCGAGAACACCCGUGACGGUGUCAUCAUGAGUGCCAAGUUCCUGGCUGCCGGUGACUGGAAGAAGGCCGCCGAGAUGCUGGCCUCUAUUAAGAUCUGGGAUCUGAUGCCCCAGCCCGAGAAGAUCAAGGAGAUGCUGUCUCAGCAGACUCAAGAGGAGGGUCUGCGCACCUACCUCUUCACCUACGCCCCCUUCUACGACAGCCUUUCCAUCUCCUCUCUGUCCGAGAUGUUUGAGCUCCCCACCAAGAAGAUCACCGCUAUUAUCAGCCGCAUGAUCUCUCACGAGGAGCUCGGCGCUGCUCUCGACCAGGUCAACGACGCCAUCAUCUUCCGCAAGGGUGUCGAGCUCUCCCGUCUGCAGUCCCAGAUCGUUACCCUGGCCGACAAAUCCAUGGGUCUCCUCGAGUCCAACGAGAAGACUCUGGAGCAGCGUACUCAGGGUAUGGCCAACGCUUUCCAGCGCGAGCAAGGUCCUGGUGCCCGUGGCCGUGGUCCUCGUGGUCCUAACCAGGGUCGUGGUGGUGCUCGUAUCCCAGGUGGCCAGCAGGGCCGGCGACCUGGUGGUCAGCAGUUCGGAGGUGGUGCAUUGGGUGGUGCUAUCAAGGCUUAA